UUUGGGGAAACCCCGCGGGGUUGCUCCUCCCAUGACCCCUUCAAGCCCUGGCAGCAGAGCCCAGGCCAGGACUCGGGGCUGCGUGAGGCUUUCCGGAUGGUGCUGGUGAUCACCUACUAUGAGCCCCAGAACCCCGAGUACCAGCACUUCCAAACCCAGCUUAUCCUGCGAGCUAAGCAGAAUUUCGGGGUGCAGCUCAACUACUCCCUGAUGAACCUCGUUGCGGGGUGUUUCUAUGAUGGGAUGCUGCUGUACGCCAUGGUUCUGAACGAGACUCUGCAGGAGGGCGGCUCCAAGAAAAACGCCACCCACAUCAUUGAGAAGAUGCGGGACCGCAAAUUCCAGGGUGUGACAGGGCUGGUGAGCAUGGACAGCAACAACGACCGGGACACGGACUUCAACCUGUGGGCCAUGGGCGACCCUGAGAGCGGGCAGUAUGAGGUGGUGGGACACUACUCGGGUGUGGAGAAGCAGAUCCAUUGGCUGGGACGACCCAUCCCAUGGGUGAAGGGGGCUCCCCCCUUGGACAACCCGCCCUGUGUCUUUGAAGUGGAUGAUCCCUCCUGCGAUAAAACCCCCCUCUCCAUGCUGGCUAUCGUGGCUUUGGGCACCGGCCUCACCUUUGUCAUGUUUGGCAUCUCCAGCUUCCUCAUCUUCAGGAAGCUGAUGCUGGAGAAGGAGCUCGCCAGCAUGCUCUGGAGGAUCCGCUGGGAUGAGCUGCAAUUCGGGAGCCCUGAGCGGUACCACAAGGCAGCGGGCAGCCGGCUUACCCUGUCCCUGCGUGGCUCCAGCUACGGCUCCCUGAUGACCACCCAUGGCAAGUACCAGAUCUUUGCCAACACCGGCCACUUCAAGGGUAACGUCGUGGCCAUCAAGCACAUCAACAAGAAGCGCAUCGAGCUGACGCGGCAGGUGCUCUUUGAGCUGAAACAUAUGCGGGACAUCCAGUUCAACCACCUGACCCGCUUCAUUGGGGCGUGCAUUGACCCCCCCAACAUCUGCAUUGUCACCGAGUACUGCCCACGAGGCAGCCUGCAGGAUGUUCUGGAGAAUGAGAGCAUCAGCCUGGACUGGAUGUUUCGCUACUCCCUCAUCAAUGACAUCAUCAAGGGAAUGGCCUUCCUGCACAACAGCAUCAUCGGUCACCAUGGGAGCCUCAAGUCAUCCAACUGUGUGGUGGACAGCCGCUUCGUGCUGAAGAUCACCGACUACGGGCUGGCCAGCUUCCGCACGCCCUGUGACGGCGAGGAAACGCAAAAACAGUGAGUGCCCAAGCUGUGGACAGCCCCGGAGCUGCUGCAGAAGGGGCGCCUGCCCACCCCAGGCAUGCAGAAAGCCGAUGUUUACAGCUUCGGCAUCAUCGUGCAGGAGGUUGCCCUGCGCAACGGCCCCUUCUACAUCGAGGGCAUGGACCUGAGCCCCAAAG